GAUACCCGUACCCAGCCCGGCCGUAUCCAAAAUCUGAUGAUAUCUGCUGAUUGGUCAAAUGUUUAAAGAACUCAUACGUCACAACUUAACAAAAUGGCAGCCGCCUCAGACGUGGAGUUGGCAGGUGACAGCGAAGGGAAGGCUGAUGUGUGUUUCGAUGAUGAACAUAAUGUUCAACCCAUAAAUUAUUUUGCUCUAUACACUUACCACGCCAAUCGGCCCAGUAUUCAAGACCUUGGUCCAGAUGUUGACAAGAACGAUUCCACAGUUGCAAAUUUUCUUCAGCGGGAAGCAACUUCAAAUCGAGAUUUUAGUUUGUCCGUCAUUGCUACUGACCUAGUGGCUGAACAGGAAACUGAACUACGAGAGUUUAUCUUUAAGAGAUUAUCACGAGGAACAGUGUAUGGAGGCAGUGGGAAUGUCAACAACGUUGAUGUUGGUAAUGAAGUUCUCUCCUGUUACUACUACCUCCUGAGGCAGCAGACCAUUCCAGAUACUGACUUGGACCCUGAUGAACCACCUAGUGUAUUCUACACAUCCAUUGAAUAUGUAAUCUGCUUUCUAAUUGGGACUAGUGCUGCUCUAGAGCUGUUUAGACCUGAGCUAGAUGCCUACAGCGAAGGCCUUCUUGCUGUAUUAGAUUCAGAGGCCAAGGAGUUAACACAAAUUCAGAGCUACCUUGCGAGAUGGUACCAUCAAGCUGCAGCAUAUGCAUGCCGAUGUACAGACAGAUUCCAAGAGGAUCUCUCCUUACUUAUACACACAGCAUUACUCGAUGACAAAAUCAAUUUCAUUGGUGGAGAUGAGGAGGUGGUAUCUGAUGUUAUGAAAUUUGUGCAAGUGUGUAGUUUAUCAGACCUCCUUCAACACAUGAGUGACAGUGAUUCUAACUCACAAGGCACCAAUUCAUCAGAGCCAACGCUCAUUGAUUUGGACUCAAGAGCUGGUGUGUCAUAUCAAAUCGAGGGAAGAUCAGUGAACAACUCAUUGCGUCCUGUGCAGCUGGUGUUUGAUGGGGAAACACAGCAAUUCCAGAAUGCUGAGAGCAGUCCAUUUUGUGAAGAGUGGUCACGGCUUCUGCUUGCCAGCAGCAGGGAGAAUCCAGCCAGUCUUAGACAGAUCAUUGAGGACUUUAAGCUACGCACUAUCCAAGACUUGAACACCCUCAAGCGCCUUGUGAGGCAGGCAGAAUCUGACCACUAUGCCCUCUACAGAGCCUUUGCAUUCCUAAGGGAUUGUGGAAACGGUGGCGUCCUUCUCCGCCACAUCUGGAAGGAUGAGAACACUGUUACAUCACAGGACACACAGAGCGUUCUUCAUGUUUUAGAGGAAUUCAUCUCCAGCAAUGGCACCCUCACUAGAGCAUGAGUGAUACAGUAUUGAUGACAUGCCAACAGUGGUGGAGCUUGAGGCUGUGAAAGGUCUGGUAGUCAUUCUUCUUUAAAAAGAAUUAAAAUAAAAACAAUCCAGAAGGCUUUUUUAAAAUCCGUCUUCAUGGACACAUGUUGCUUGGUGAUUUCUGGGGAUUCUCAAUCGCAAUUUAUCAUCCUGAGUGCUGUGUCAUUAAUGCUAUCAACUUUUUAAAAACUUAUUUUGUCUGGUAUCACAACAUUAGUUUGACAAGCUAUUCCAUGGUACAUUCAUAAUGAAAUGUGAAAGAUUUGUCUCAGUUAGCAAAGAUUGUUAUGCGAAAAUGUUUGUAGCGUUUUGUUAGAAAAUGAGAAAUGUUUGGAGGUGUUGAGACUACAACCAGAGAGGUUUUGUGGGGUUUUAACCACUUCCUGCCAAAGACUCCGGAAUCAGAGACGUAUGGUUUAUAUGCGUGGCUGGGGUCGCCGA